AUGACGCAGCACUACCACUCUCCCGAGGCCCAGCCCGGGCUCGAAGUAAUGGACCAGCCGGAUCUUGAGGCGGUCAACAACCAGCAGCACGCUUCCAGUUACUAUGACCAAUCCCUUCCUCAAGUCGCGAGCAGUGAGUACAUUUAUAGCGCCAAAGAAGCGGCCACACCACAUACGUACGCCUACUCGGUAGACCCAGAGCACUACCCAUCGCCCGGUUCACAUCCGCAUUCUACGCUUGCCACACCUUCCACGGCGGCCAAAUCACGGAAGCGGUUGUGGCUUAUUAUCGGAGGGGUUAUUGCCGUUCUCGUCAUUCUGGGCGCCGUUUUGGGGGGCGUACUGGGGAGCAGGGCGGCGAGCUCCUCGUCAGCGAACACGUCGGCAUCGCAGGGGGACCAGGACGCAGGAAGCAAUGGUGGAAACAACACGGGCACUGGGGGGGACAACUCUGGAAGUUCAGGAGACGCAGACACAGCCGACGACCCGGCACCUAAGAAUACUACAACCACAACACCGAUCCGGAAGGGCUCAGGACUGGCCGUGACAGGGUGGAGGAAACCGGACGGCAGUUCCGACACGUACCUCUUCUUCCAAGACCAAAAGGACGAGCUGCAGUAUGUACGGUGCGACAAGAGCCUCCGCACCACGGACAAGGAAUCCACGUGUUGGGCGGAACCAGUCAAAAUCAACUCGUAUGCCAUAGCCGGCAGCCGCCUCGCCGCGUCAACAAUCAUCUGGGGCGAUUUCUACCAGCCCACGGUAGAGCUCUUCUACACGGGCGUCAAGUCCCGGCUCCUCGGCGUCAGCCUCAACGACCAAGAGACCCCCAACGUCCAGGAAGACAGCGUCAACGACAUGGACAUCUACACCGGCCUCGGCAGCAACCUAGGCGCCUACUGGCCCUGGACGCUCUACCAAGACGGCGCCGGAAUGCUGCACCACGUGCGCAACCGCCUCGGCGGCACCUUCCGACCGACCACCUCUUGGGACAACAACGAGCUCGACAUCUUCCCGGCGGCCUACUCGCGGCUGGCCAUCGCGCCCACGGCCACCGACUUCUCCACCAUCGCCGUCAAGCCCGGCUACGCCGUCUUCUACCAGGACAAGACCUCCUCCAAGCUCGCCGUCCACAUCACCGACCUCAACCACCCCAACCGCUCCGCCACCUUCCACCCGCCCUGGCCCACCACCCUCCCGGACAUCCCCCUCCCCUCCCAGGCCCCCAUCGCCGCCUUCUCGGUCGCGCGCGCGGGGGACGCCGACCGCCGCGUCGAUACCUACGUGCUCUACCUCGGCGGGGGGGGAUGA